AUGGCGCCGAAACAGACGCAGCUGUUGUCUUCCUCUCUUUUUCUCGUCUUUAUAGCCAUCCUUGUCCCGGGGUCGCUCUCGUUUGACCCCGACUUCAGAUUCUACGCCUCAAACGCGCAGGAUUGUCUGUACAGCGCCUCCAAUGCAUCCAAAUGCACUGGUACCGACGCCCAGGACCUAAACAGUUGUCUUUGCAAUAAUGGCGGCGGUUUCAUCACCAGCGCGGCCCAGUGUCUAGGCCAGAACAGUGCAGUUGAUUUGGUGGGCAUGUACAACACAAUGAAGGGUGCCUGUUCAAUCUCUAAAACGCCAAUAUCGGUUAGCCAGAAUGCGUUCUUGAAUGCUGCUAAUGGAGCUGCCUCUUCUACCUCUUCGUCUGCCAGCUCGACUACGACUUCAACCACGAGUUCAACCGCUACUUCAGCUUCAACUGCAACUUCGACUCUCACUCCGACGACUGGAACGCCAUCUCCAACUCAGUCAAAUGCAAGCAAGGGGGCCGACGUUGACAACAAGUCAUCGGGUCUUUCGCAAGGAGCCUUGAUUGGUAUUUCUGUCGGCACAUCCGUAGCAGGUGUACUCGCCAUUGGAGGAAUGAUCCUAUACUUUCGAUACCGGCAGAAGAAGAAGGCGGAAGAUGAAACCAGUCCCAUGAUGGCCCAGAAUGACUACUACAAGCGCGACACGGCGACGACAUUCCCUCCCACAGAGCCAUCCCCGUCCCUUGGGCUGUCCGGAGCCGAUACCAAAGCUUCAUGGGGAUCGAGCCCGUCGCCUGCCUAUCCGUCGCCCAAUCUCGACAAGUCUCCCGCACAAUACGCCGGUCCGUACGCGGCGCCCACCCCUCAAGACAGCCCAGCGAUGCACGGAGUCGCGAGCCCUGCAUUUGAGAUGGAUGCAUCCACCACGUCUACUCCUGCGCCCGGCGAAGGGCCGGUGGAAAUGGAAGGAUCUGCACCUUCGACACAUCUCCAGAUUCGGCGUUGA